ACAAAAAGAAGAAGAGGAGGAAGGAGGAGGAGAAGAAGAAGAAGACGCAGGAAGCAUCUUUGGAUGUGGAGGGUGGAUGAUACAAUGUUAGCAAAAUAGAGGACUUUGAUUCAAUUUAUUAAGGCUGCCGUGUUUUACAUUACCGAAAAGCCUCGGAUUGGUGUAUUAACUGUGACUAAGCUUUUUUUCACGAGCGUGUGUGUGUGCGCGGCUGAUAUCUGAUAGCCUAGCAUCCUUGUAGCUAGUCUGACGCUUUCCAUACAGCGUGCUAACAUUUAAAAACAGUUUGAUUUGGAAGAUGAAUUUGGUUAAAAACAGAACUUUGCACCCGCACCUGCGCGACGAAGAAGCUCUGGUGGUGGAAAAUGCUAUCCGGUUGGCGAUAGACUCGAUAAUAAACGUGCUGUACGGCGUCAACAGUGCCAGGACUCAUGAGUAUCAGCGGAUGGUGGCCGACAGGGACAAAGAGAUCCAACGGCUGGAGUGCAGGUUGACGGAGAUCGAGCAGGAGCUGCAAGUGCUGCGCCGACAGGGAUGCACCUGCGGGCUGUUGGGAAACGAGCACAGCCUGGUGGGAUCACAGACCUCCGCUGACCGGCAGGAGGGAGAGCAGAGUGGUUUCGAGGCAGGUUGCAUUGACACCGAGAUGACAGCAGGGCAGCAGGAGUGUGAAAUGAGUAUCUCUUUAGGUCUUUUUGCAAGACCCCACUCACACGUCUCCUCCCAAAGCCAGGAGUCAGCUCUCCCUUCAUCCCCUAGCAGAAUGGGUCUGGACCAGACCUGCACCUCCCACUCCUCAGAAACCUCAGGCGUAUCAGAGGUAGUCAGGAAUCUGCCUUCGUCUCCCAGCAGCAUCGUCGUCAAAGAAGAGCCGUGUGAUGUCGACACUGUUUUGAUCAAGUGGGAAAUGAGUGAGGAGAGAUUCGGGGAACAUCAGGAGAGUGCAGAUAUUCCAGAAAAACUGGAGACCAGAGAAAGAGAAAAAUUCAGGGAGAAACCUCAAGCAGACCCAGGCGGACUCCAAAUGGCUGAGGGAGAACACCUGAGGAACAAGAAGAAGAGCGUCCCGAUGUCCGAGCUGCCAGAAGAGGCCCAGAGACUGAAGAGAGCAGCCUGGCGGGCGGCUUCCAGACGCUAUUACGCCCGAAAAAUAGCCCGCCAGCAGACAAACCCCUCGCGCUCCAGCUCCUUCCCCAACAUCACAGACUCCCAGUAUUCACAAUCCAUCUCUUUCGUGGAUAAGAGGAAGAGGACGCUGAUAUCCGAGUUACCUCAAGAGUCUCAGACGUUGCAGAGGGAGGCUUGGAGAGCCGCGUCCAGGAGGUACUACGCGAGAAAAAUGGCUCGCCACCAGACAGAGCCCACACAAUACGGACACCUUCUCCAGAACAUAGAGACAUCUGAUGAAACACAAGGACCUAACAGAAGAGGAUCCCGCACCAGCAGAGGAGGAAUCAUGUGCAGCUGAUGAAACAAUGCUGCUGCUGAGGUCAUGCGGGGUUUUCUAUCGAGCAUAAUUAGAUGUUAAUUUCAUCGUAGAACACCGGACUAUGUGAAUGUUUGUAUUUUGUAAUAUUUUCAGUUGAUUUGUAUCGAUGCUGUCGAGAUUUGUCUCAUGUCUACUCCUAACAGUUUGAUCCCUGUGUUCUGAAUGAUCAUCGGUGUUCCUUCAUAGUUAAAUUAUGCAACUAAACAUCACCGCAUUCACAUCCUUCUUUUGCCUUCUUCAUUACAUGCCUGUACAAAACGCUCCUCGCAAAUGAAGAUUUGAAGAAAUGUAAUCUGAGGCAAUAUAAAAACUAUUGUACAGUAUUACUCAUUUUAACAGCUACUGUAUCAAUGCAGCGCCCCUGGAGUCCAGUGUCUGUAAUUACAAUCAAAGGCAUCUAUAAUUGUCAACUUAACGAGCUCAACAUCUUUUGACCAGUUGGAAGUUUUAUUGGUAAGACUUUAAAAUGUGGUUUUCGCUCUUUUUUUUCGAACAUAAUAAUAAAAAACAAAAUCAUUUAAAUGCAACUGUGGUGUUGUUCUGUUUGUAAUCACAGAAUCAUGUCUGUUUUCAUGUUGUCUCUUAAUCAUUACAUUCAGUUUCAUCUUCUUCCUGUUUUUUUUUAAUCAGUAUGCGUUUAAGUGUUUGCAGUGCAUGAAAACCUGAAGCAAAAUGGACUUACUGACCCCUAAGUAAAGAAAUCUUUUUUUCUUGUUCAUAUUUUUACCUCUUGAAAUGAUCCACAAUAAAAGAAAAAAUACAACA